AUGGUCACCUUUAUUCGUCGCUUGACCAUCAAUGUUGAGAACUUGUCGCAGGAUCGCUGUGCCUUCAUCUUCUCCGGGGAGAACUUCGAGUGUGGCGGUUGGAAGGAUGUCCGGACCAACAAAUUCACCGACUUUGCAGCGUUAGACUUCGAGAGUCAGUCCUGGUGGUCUGGUCUUUCAGGCUAUGUGGUCUUCAGCAAUAUGGAUCAUUCGCAACUUUUGACCAUGGCGUUCAGUGUUCCCAUUGCUACGGCUCCUUGUUUCUCUGCACGUUGUGGUGGAUCUUUGCAUGGCAAAGACCUCUUGCAGCGGAUCCCGGACUUGGCACGCCCAGGCACCGGCCUCCGCAGGGAGGCGGGCUGUGCAUGGGAGACGCAGGAGCUCAGCGAUGAGCACGUCACAGUGCGCCUGGUGAUUUUGCCGCCCGAGCACGUGAAGCUCCCCGAGGAGCUGGAACGGCGCUUGGCCAAGGCUCGCUAUUGCCGCUCUACUUUGACGGAUCAAAACGUGAGUUCGGCACCCCGAAUGACCUUUGUGGAGAGACGUUUGGUGAUUGAAGUUGACAAUCGCUACGAAGAAAGCAUGGUUUUGGAUGGGGAUUUUUUCGACAGUGGGAGCUGGUGUGGGAAGGUGGCAUCCCUGGAAGCGGGGAAAGUCACCAGGUUGGAAUUCGCGGGCGAUGAGGUUUUCCGUGGGUUAGCUGGUCUCGUUUGGUUCGUGAGCGAGAAGAGCUUAGACACCUACUUCAGCAUCGUUUUUUCGAAUCCUUUGACCACAUCAGCAACCUUUGGAGCAUGGGCUGGGCCACCUCCUGCAGAGCUCUUGCAAGAAAUGUGGGCUGCACAAGCAGUGCCAGCCAAAGGUGUACAAGUUCCCAACGGCCAGGGCUGUGCAUGGAAUGUGCUUGAACACGGAUCCGUGGUUCACAUCCGUCUCAUUAUCCUAGAGAAUUUGGCCGCGAUGAAUCCGGCAGCUUACCCACCAAAAGAGGAGUCCACUCCAACCUCCCCUAUGGGCCAACCUCAGGCAGAAGCGCCACCGAAGGAGGAGGAGCCUAAACCGGUGAUAUCAGAUUCAACGGCCAUGGUUUUGGUGCAAAGCGAGUCUGCGGAUGACCCGAACUCGGGAGCGCACCCGAUGGACAAACUGCUGAGUUCAACAAGACCUCGUGAUGUCAUCGAUGGCGUCAGUAGUGGUUUGAAGGUCGCCGGUGCUGGAGUUGUGGCGGGCACUGCAGCUUUGAUUGCAGCACCUGUCAUGGCCGCCAAGGAGGAAGGCAUUACAGGCUUCUUCAAGGGCUUAGCCGGCGGUGUAUGUGGUGCAAUUGGUUUGACCUUGGGUGGAGCUGUCGCAGGUGCUACUCAAGUGUGCCGAGGUGUUUACAAUACCCCGGAAGCACUGCAAAUGGCGGCCACUGCGAAGAAACGUUGGGACUCCGAGUUGGGGGCUUGGGUGGACGACUUCUGCAACUUGCGAGAGGACUGUGCCAAGGCAGAGACCAUGGAGCAUGAGUCCUCAGAUGAGGAGGUUGAUGACCGACCUGCCAGGAAGGUGGCUGACACUAGCUUCUACGACAUCCUGGAAGUGAAGCCCAAUGCAACCGCUGCGGAGAUCAAGAAGAACUAUUACAAAGUUGCUUUGAAGUUACAUCCGGACAAGAAUCAGAAUGACCCUGAAGCCAGCGUGAGGUUCCAGAAGCUGGCUCAGGCUUACCAGGUCUUGAGCGACCCAAAGUUGAGAGAAAAAUACGAUCAGAAUGGAGAUGCGCCGCCCGGGCGAGACGUGAUCGGAAAUUCCAUCGAGCGUGAGAUGAGAUGGGGAUCGGAGAAGAAGGACCAGCAGAUCAAGCGACAGCAAUUCGUCCGAGAAGUGACCUGCGCAGCGCAGUUGGUGUCGAGGUUGGACAGAUGGGUCAUGGGUCGAAACCCUGACGGAUGGACCACUGGGGUCUUGCAAGAGACCGCAGAAUUGGCACAGGUCUCCUUUGGAGGCCGGCUUCUUCGGACCAUCGGUUGGGUCUACGAGUGUUCGGCGGAGCAGUUCUUGUUGAGCUGUUGGGGGAACUUCACCGUGGAUGGGCAGAUCCAAAGUUGGAAAGACGGGACUCACUCCACGGAGGUAAAGUUCAAGGCCAUGUCCUCAGUGGCCAAAAGUGCAAUUGCCGUGAAGGAGAUGACGGAUGCAGCCGGUAGUGGCAUGGCUGAUGAAGAUCAAGCCAAAAGAGAUGCUGCUGCCAGACAAGCCUUAACCACUUUGGAAGGUUCCUUACCGGUUUUCUUGCAGGCCAUUUGGGACAUUUCUCAGAUGGAUAUUGAGAGUACUCUCUACAAGGUUUGUGACCGAGCGCUGAAAGACAUCAGCGUGCCAUGGCAGAUCCGUUACCGAAGAGCUUUGGCCUUGAAGCGACUUGGUCAGAUCUUCCGGGACGCUGGCCAGGUGGAGCUCAAGGAUUUGACCAACGCACAGAUCGCUAAACAGCAGUUGGAAGAGGCGCCCAUCCGCACCACCUUGGACAAAAAGCAGACCGAGCAAUAUGCGGAGUUAGUGUCACAGCUGGCUGCGAAGGCUUUGCUGGGAAGUUUGGGAGGGCGACAUGUCUUGUGUGCGCGCAGCGUUGUUCGUGACUUGGAUCCCAUGAACGACCUGACCUUUCUCCGCAUCAGGUCCAAGAAGCACGAGCCAUGGCAACGAGAAAGGAACAACAUAAGGCUUAAGAUGAUUCAACACAGUCACUGGGAAUUCCAAAAGAAGCCGUUUGGAAGUGUUGUUCUUGUUUUUAUAGCUACUACACUGCUGAUCCAAGCUGCUGCGGUUCCGUUUGCUUGA